CUACAACACGCCCCCCCCCUCUUCCUCCUCUUGUUUCUUCCUAGCACACAACUGCAUCACUCGUUAAUAGGCAGUCUUUGAACCUUCGUCAACCUUCGCUCAGUACCCUACCAGCCAAUAAUUCUUUCCACACACCCCAUCACCAACAACAAUAUUCAAGAUGGUUUCCAAGCUCUUCGCCGUGGCCCUGGCCGCCUCUUCCCUCGUCUCCGCCCAGACCUUCACCGACUGCGACCCCACCAAGAAGUCCUGUGACCCCGACCCUGCCUUUGGCAAGACGGUCGACAUUGACUUCACCAAGUCCAACGGCGAGGACUACCUCUACACCCUCCCCGGCACCAAGGUCACCUACGACAAGGAGAAGGGCGCCGUCUUCUCCAUCCAGAAGGAGACCGAUGCCCCCACCAAGGCCUCGCACAAGUUCAUCUUCUUCGGUGAGCUCGAGUGCACCGUCCAGGCCGCCAACAUGCAGGGCAUUGUCACCUCGAUCGUCCUGCAGUCCAAGGACCUCGACGAGAUUGACUGGGAGUGGACCGGUGGCGACAACGCCAACGUCCAGACCAACUACUUCUCCAAGGGUGACACGACCACCUACGACCGCGGUGGCAAGCACGCCGUUGCCAACCCCCUCAACCAGUUCCACAAGUACGGCAUCGUCUGGAACCAGAACAAGAUUGACUGGACCAUCGACGGCGCUGUCGUCCGCACCCUGAACGCCGCCGACGUGGGCGACAAGUACCCCCAGACCCCCAUGCAGAUCAAGAUCGGAACCUGGCCUGCCGGCAACAAGAACACCCCCAAGGGCACCGUCGAGUGGGCCGGUGGCUACUCGGACUACGAGAAGGCUCCCUUCAUCGGCUACUACCAGAACUGCAAGAUUGUCGACUAUGCCGGUGGCAACGACGCCGCCAGCGGCACCCCCAACGCCAAGGAGUACGUCUACGGCGACAAGUCUGGCAAGUGGCAGUCGAUCAAGAUUGUUACCGGUGACGGCAGCGACGACGAUGAGAAGGACGAGACGACCACGUCUGCUCCUGCCACCAAGACCACCGCCGCCCCCAAGACCAAGACGGAGGAGGCCAGCGAGACGGAGACCGAGACGGAGACGGAGAAGGACGACGACGACAAGACCACCAGCACCACGGCCGCCGCCGCCGCCUCCACGACCCUGAGCUCCGUUGUCGUUUCGUCCACUGACGCCGCCGAGUCUACCGGCGCCUCUGCCACCACUUCCGGUGCCGACUCUGACUCUGCUGCCGCCUCGACCAGCGCCGGCGCCGCCUCGACGGUUGCCACCGCUCAGCCCGCCGGCGGCAUGAUGAACCGCGCCAACAUGGCCAUGGGCGCCAUUGGCCUCUUCUUCGCCUUCAUGCUGUAAACGGCUGAUACAUCUUUCGGCGAUGAUCAGACACAGAACGCGCGACAAGCACACAGUACAAAGGCCGGUUCGUCGGGAGAGCUCAAUGUAUAAUUCCUACACUUCCUUGUCACACUCCUUCACGCGCCACACCCGGGCGUCACUGCUUCCGGCGUCUCCUCCCAUGAAGGGGGUUGACUCUGGUAGGGGAGGGGCGUCGCGGGUGGUAGGACGACCUCUUCCUCAAUACAUUGGCUUUUAU